AUGUUUUGUGUCAAGCCAACACCGAAAGAUGGAGUGCAGCGCCCAAAUGGCUUUCGAUUUGGAGUAGCAGAGGAAGAACUAUUCGACUGCAUCAUUUUGUGUGAAAGCAAGCUCACUAUAACUGACACUGCGUUCGGACAAGUGGUGCGUUAUCUGCAAAGCUCUGGAUUUAAAAGAUUGGAAGCGCUGUUCUCUUUGAUCGGCGCUCGUUUUGGUUGA